UCUACGGAAAACAGUGGCAUCCUGCACCAUCGACACCAGAUCGAGCCGAUCCACAAAAGAAGAAUGAUUUUGCCUAAGCUUGCGUUGAGAUCUCUGAGGCCGCUGCACUCCAGAGUCCUCGCUCGCAGUCGUUUUGUCCCGUCACACCACCACGGCGAUGAUGUCAUCAACCUCAGUCCCCCGAUUCAUUGGAGUGGUGGGUUUCUGGUGCCUAAUACCCAGGCGGUUGUGAUCGAGCGAUUUGGAAAGUACCCCAAGGUGAAGUGGCCUGGAAUACGUCGCUUAAUUCCAUUUGUUGAUAAAAUCGUAAACGUGGUUUCCUUGAGAGAAAAGACUAUUCAUAUUCCUGCGCAGAGCGCUACGACCAGCAAUUCUAUUCCCCUUUCGGUUUCUGCGGAAUUUACAAUGAUGAUUUCGGACCCUGUGCUGGCCUCUUAUGAGGUUGACAAUCCCGUGGUCGAGACUAUUGCUCUUGCCCAGCGUACCCUACGUUCUGUAAUUGGGCAAGUCACUUUCGAGCACAUAGUACAGAAUCAUGGUUACUUUCUUGAUCGUCUAAUGUUUGCACUCAUCGACGGGGCAGGGAGAUGGGGAAUUACCUGUCGGAGCUUUGACAUAAAUGACAUAGCUGUUUCACCUGAAUUUAAAAAAGCUCUUGAGGACCGGAAGGCAGAGAAACAAAAGAGAGGAUUGGCAGAGGUUCUUAGCAUUUCGUCUAAUGCCCUGACAAGAGCUUAUGGGUUAGAGGGUAAAGCUAUUCCAGACACCUGUUUGCUCGGUGCUUCUCAAUUCCAUGCACCAAACCGGACUUAGGUCAUGGAUAUAUUGCUGGAGUAAUUUAUUUCUGAGAGAUAUUUUAAGAACAGUUUUCUUGGUCUUGCACAUUAUGGUGAAAUCUAGAGCCGACUUGUGACCAAAAAUCUUGUGUUGGAAUGUUGUGCACAUCUGGCUGUUUUACCAUACAACUUUUAUCUCACUCUCCCUGGCUGGUCAUGUGCCUUUUAAACAACAUUAUGGUUGAAAUAGAUUCUAUAUGACCUUUUAAACAAACAGUAUUAAUUUCUGUAUAAUCCUAUA